UUCAAAAUAACACCCCGAUCCAAUUAAUUCUCCGCGGAGCCUUCCACAUGUCACAUCAUUUCUCCGACACCUUGUUCAUGUAUUCUCCGUCGUCGUCCUCCUUUUCACCCACCUUCAUGAGGCUCACUUUCCCCUUGGCACGAUGAGCGGCAGCCUGGGAGCGCCUCUGACCUUGCGACAGACCAACGUUUCCAACCCGUCCAUCAUCCGCGCCAAGCACUCACAACAGUCCAUCGCCGCUUCCGAAGACUACUACUCCCUCUCCGGCUCGGCAGCCAGCGAGGAGACGGGCCACAAGCCAUCCUCCCAAUCCGACAGCGAUCCAACACUCGCAAGACGCACCUCCCCCGUCUCUCCCCUGUUCCCCCAACGCAGCAACACUCCGCCCGAGAGAUACGGAACCCCACUCCAAUCCACCACCCAGCUUCAUCAACCAUCUGAAUCCAGCCUGCGCGCGGCAGCUGCGCCUCAGCAUGUCGUGCCUGACGACGCCGAGAUGAGGAAAACUCCAAUGCGCGGGGAAGGCAAGAGAAGAUCCACUGGCUACACUUCCGACACCGAAGCUGGCGGAACGAUGGGUGCAACGGCUGCGACGGCAUUGCGAGUAGGUGGCGUGAGGCGGAAACCCGUCCCUAGCACUGUCAUGGAGUCGCCCCCUUUGGAUGGAUUGCCGGCCAGCCACGAGUACAUUGACCCCGAUCGCGCGCGAAGUAGCGUGUUGGGCGACAUUGAACGAGAGGGAGGAGGGGCCAGUCCGGACAUCGACGACACCCCGUACAUUCGCUUCGCCAUUGAUCAACUUACCCGCGACGAAGAAGUCAAAGGAAGCAGAGUGUAUCCACACGGCGGCCCAUACGACACAGAAGAGUAUGAUGCACCGAGACAGCAACUCGACACUGGCGUGCGAUUCGUCAAUGUUCCAGACGAAGAGAUCGGCCACCGAGAACACAAAGACGAUGGACGCGCUGCGGCAGAAGUUGGCGGACUCGGAGCUUUGGCGGCUCUAGGACUGGCAGCACGAGAGCAUCGGACCCGACGAGAAGACCAAACCCACCCUCCGACCACUCAAUGGCCGACCCCCGCACGACCCUUCGACGAGCGAGCGCAACAAGGAUCGAACCCACCCCCUCUUCCACCUCCUCCUGACAACGUUCCCAAUGUCUUCAUCCCGGUCUCGAAUAUCAAUGACCGUCAUCGUCCGCUGGACUUCCUUCCUGGUAUCCUGCGCCCUCUGCAACUUACACUCUUCCUGCUCUACUUGCUGGCCAUCCUCGCCUUACUCCUCCUCUGCGCCGUCUGGAGCCUAACACACGAUGGCAUCUUCAACUACGGCUACUUUGGAGAUGCGAAGUACUUCGUCUUUGAAUAUCUUCCGACCAUCCUCGGAAUUCUCCUCUUCCUAUGGCUCGUUCAGAUCGAGGUGGCAGUCUACCGCAUUGCGCCCUUCAUCGCCAUGGCAUCUGAGUCUUCGGAGAGAAGCAGAGAAGAGGGUCCACUCCUGCUCCUCUCCCCGAAGACCUUUUUCCUCCCUUAUCUCCUUCACUUUCGGGCGCAGCAGCCUGUCAUCGCCUUUUUCAUGUUGGCCUCCUGGCUACAGAUCUUCACCAUCCCUCUAAUAGCAACCUCCUUCAACGUGCGCUCCCCCAACAAAGGCGCGCCGCAUACUUUCCGGUGGCUCGCCACCGCCGGCGCCAUCUGGCCGACAAUCGGCUUAUACGUCGUUCUCCUCAUCUCAGUCACAUCCCUCUUAUUCUGGCUCCUGGCGCAGCGCAGACGACUCAUCGGCACCGGAUUGAAAUGGGACCCUCGAAGUCUCGCGGACCUCAUGGUCCUCCUGGAACGAAGCAACGCCCUCACCUUGACCCAAGACGAAGAAUUGCGACUCGACGCUCCCACCCUAGGCUACUGGCGCACAACCCGAAGCAGCAACGACGUCUUCCACUCGUACGGCAUCCCCAACAGGUCCGCGCGAAUGUACAGCGUGCAGGGCGGGCGGAUACGCGAGAGUACCUACAUCCCGCACGAGCCGAAAAGUCGCGGCUCAGGCCUGGACGAGGAUCCGGGCAUGGGGCGCGAGCAACGCCAUAGUCGGGAGAAGAUGUUGCCGAAAUACCCACCGCACUUUGCAGACGAAGAAGCCGAUGCAUUGGCAACAGGAGGCAGAGCAGUACCCUGGUUCCUCAAACCCAUCUUCGCCAGCCUCUGGAUUCUCCUCGCGGUACUCCUCCUCCUCGCCUUCCUGAUCGUCAGCUACCUCUCCCAAACGCGCAUCAGCAAUGGCUUCCUGCCCCUCGUCCCCUCGCUCGUCAGCACGCUGGGCUUCUCCGGCACCAACUUCGUCUACUCCUUCGUCCCCGCCGCCGCAGCAAUGAUCUGCUACCUCGCCCUCCUCGACAUCGACUACGCCCACCGCCGCCUGAAACCCUACACAACCUUGCUCUCCGACUCCGGUGCGUCCGCAGACCGCAGCCUCUUGCUAAGCUACACAGCCGAAGCACCACUACACAUCACCAUCUCCGCCCUCUCCAACGGGCACAUGCGCAUCGCCCUCCUUUCUCUCGCUUCACUCCUCUCCCUCGCCCUCCCCAUCCUAGCAGGAGGCGUCUUCUUCGCCCAAUUCAACGUCCCCACCCAACGCAUCCGCAUCUUCCCCGAAGUCGCAGCCUACUACGCCCUCGUCGUCUUCGCAGCACUCUACGCCGCGGCAAUCAUCAUCGGCGUCUUCCCCUCCAAAGGCACCCGAACCCUCGACCGCCGUCUCCCACUCGGCAACCGCGCUUGCACUUUCCGCGACGCCAUGCAAUUGGUGCGCACGAGUCGCGUGCUGGACGAUGUUGCUUUUCGCGCAGUGGAAAGCAGGACGGAUCUCGUUACGCGGCUUUUGAGCGCGGAGCCGGCGCGGGCGGCGGUGUGUGGGCAUCAUGUUCAGGAGCGGCAGCAGGAGCAGCACCAACAACAGCAAAGGGACGUGAGUGCCAGUCGCGUCAGUUUGGCGGAUAGUAUGCGGCGGAUGGGACGCGGAGGUCAGCAGGUGGCGGAGCGCGAUUCCCGCUUUGCUGCGACGGCGAGCCCGAGGUUUGCCUUGCGGCGACAUACGGGGAGGGAUGGGAGGGAGUAUGUGGGUGUUGAUCGGGUGAGGCCUUGACGUUGUUGUUUCUCCUUUUUUUUGGCGAUGAGUAAGCGGAGGC